AGAGGCUGCUGGCUGAACCACACUUCUAAUCUUCUCUCCGAAGCGGCUGCAAAUGUGAUCUGGAACAAUAAAUAAAAAACAGUGUAGAGCCGGUGCUAUGAAAUGAAACAAGCAGAGGACGAUAAAGCACUAUUUUACUAGGUUGUAAAAAUAAAAGAAGGUGGGGCUGGAGGAUGACUGAGAGCCACAAGCAGCCAGCUAACCUUAGAAAAUAUUGACUUUUUUUAGUCUAUUUAUUGGUGGAGGAACAAGAAGCGUGUCCAGCUUCGCGGAGAUGAAGACAGAGAGGGAGGAGAGAAGCAAAGUGUUAAUGACAGAGUGCGAAACAUAGCCUCACUGGAUCACUCUGGAAUAUUAGAGUGGAAUGCUGAAUCCUGGAUGCGAUGUGGAUAUAAAAAAGUACCAGCGUGCUGCUCAAUACUAACAAGUUUGGAAAAUAUUUAGCGACAUGGCAUAAGGGUGUUGCCUGCUUUGGAUUUUAUCAGAGAUGUAAAAAUCAGGAGGCGGCUGAGGUGUAAUCAGUUUACUCUUGAUCUGAUUGAAGAAGAGCACACAGGAUCCAUCUACAUCGACAGUCUAAUUUCUCUUCUCUGGAUUGAACAAAUUGGAUAUUUACUUUCAGAACACAGGCAAGCUUUCCUCUGCCUGCAGAAUGUCAUGCGACAUUACAUACCUGCGCUUCAUCUUAUCUCAUUGGUAUUUUAGAACUGUUCACUUGUAGAAAGUCGACAAAACAUGUUAAGUCGCUGAUUGCGCUUCUUCUGUGCAUUGCGGAAUUGAAGUCUGACUUGGGAUUAUUUUUUUGCUUAAUUUUACUUAUGUUUUGGAAGUGACGUCUCAUUUUUCUGCCGCUGGAUUUUUUAUUUUUAGGUUAAUCACCAUGUGUGCUAAUAUAGUAUAUGAAUGGCUGAAAGCAUUGCAGCUUUCUCAGUAUGCAGAGUCAUUUGUGGAUAAUGGAUACGAUGACUUGGAGGUAUGCAAACAGAUUGGGGACCCAGAUCUGGAUGCCAUUGGUGUGAUGAUCCAGCAGCAUCGAAAGAAGAUCCAUGAUGCAGUGCACAGGUUGAGGGAAGAGGAGAAAGAGGCUGCAAGUGGAUUAUAUUUCACUUUGGAACCCCAGGUAGACUCACCAACUCCAGAUAUCUACUCCAGCCACAUGAUGGAGCAAUAUGAAACCAAAGCAUGGAGGGAAGUCCAGGGUCACAAACCUGUACCAAGGAGUAAUAAAACUGGCCAACUAAAUAAAAACUUGGUAACUUAUCCUAAACUUAAGCUAAAGAUCAUGAUAAGGGAUAAACUUAUUCGGGAUGGUGUCAACCUCAGUAAGCCACCUUUCUCCAAAAAGCAGUGUUAAAGAAUACAUGGUUCCAUUCCAAGGAUUCAGCACACAGAGUAUCUGAUUUGAUGAAAGAAACUGAUGUGAGACAGACGGUCAAGACCCAGGAUCCUUUGCUCUGACCAUUGUGGUUUAAAAUGCAAAAGAAGAUCACAUGCAAUUUAAAUUAAAGAUUCUUUUUAAUAAACCUUUAAUGGGCAUGGUCUGAGAAUCAAAUUCUAAAUUUUAGCUACAUUGUUUCACUCUUACUGUCCUGUGCACUACAUAUUUUAUUUCCUAUAUCUCAAGAUUACUAAAACACAACAUUUAAUCAUUGAAUGCAUUUAGUU